CAUUUUGUUAAUCAGGCCGCGCUCAUGGGACGCCGAAGAGAAACCGGAUCGUCGCAUCCUCGUUAAACGGCGUCUUUUUUUUGUCGGCGUGUGUAGAUUUGCGUUGAGAAAGAAUGCUGGAAAACAAGAGGGAGAGGUUGAAAACGUUUCUGAGGAAGAUCGACGAGAGCGCCAUAUCGCGAAUCAAGCAUUUAAUGAAGGAGAGCUAUGCGGUGGACGCCGGGACGAUUCCUGCCAAGGCCAAGAAGGGCAGGACGAAAACCAAGCUGGGCAGCAGGAAAGCCUUCAGUCUGGAGGAGAAUCAGCUGGAGGUUCAGCAGCAGACCAAGAGCCUGAGCCGGCAGGUCCCGCCCAGGUGUCACACUCUUGAUGUCGACAGACCUCUGGAGAGAAGCGACAGCCUCAACUCAAGAAGUAGUUUUAUGAAGCACAACAAAACAUUCCACAAACUCUUCCCAGAAGUCCCUGAGACUGAAGACCUGCUGCACGCUUACGUGUGUGCGCUGCAGAAGGAAGUGCCUUACCACGGCCGUCUGUACAUCACCGACAGCAGCCUGUGCUUCUUCUCCUCCGUGCUGCUCAAAGACACCAAGGUGAUCGUUCCCGUUGCCAGCGUGACUGUCCUGAAGAAGCAGAACACAGCUCUGCUCGUGCCAAACGCCAUUUCUGUCCGCACCACAGACGGAGAGAAGUAUUUAUUCGUGUCUCUGCGGAACCGGGAAGGCUGCUACAAGCUGCUGCGCUCCGUGUGUCCUCAGCUGGAGGACGGAAGCGCCAACAGCAGCCCUCUCUUCUCGUCGGCCGAGAACAGCUACGAUCAGGCCAAGCUGGUGAACUCCAGCCAGUCCAGCCUGGACGACUCGUACGAGCUCCCCGCCCCGAUCGAUCCGUCCGCGCCGAGACUCGCUCCAGAAAACGACGCCAUCGAAAGCCCCCCGCAGACGCCGGACGAGAGCUCGAGCGAGGAAUACACCGGAAGUUCGUGGGUUUGGAACGUGACGGAUCGAGCGCGGUCUCUCCUCAUCCAAAGAGAAAUCAGCAACCUCAACACUCUUCUGCUCAUCUACCUGAUCCUGGUGUUUCUGCUCUUGUUGUCGUCUGGCUAUAUCGGCCUGCGUAUCGUGGCCUUAGAAGAGCAGCUGACGUCCCUCGGAGCGCUGCCGGAGUUCACCUUACAAAGCGGGUACAAAGAAACGUAAGAGAUCUCAUCCAUCGGAACUUUGGAAAGAACCACCAAAAAACGUUUUUAAAGAUCCGCUAGCCGCCGCAGGGAACGCUGGGAAGGACCUUUAUUUGCACACGCACCAGCUACCGAACUCUGUGCGUCUUUGCCAAGGAAACCACCGAAGGGCACGCGCUAAAGGGCCGCCGGCGUCGACGAAACGCGGGCAAGUCUUCGCUCGCAAACCUUGGGUUUGUUUUUGUGACUCGCCCUAAAACAACCAAAGACAACAGGUUUGUCUCGGAGGACCGUCGGAGAUGACGGAAACAAACUACUUCUGUGGAAAAGCAUUUCAUCGGUUAUUACUCAUCGCAGCGACUUUUACAACCAUCGGGGGAAAAAAAAAAAUCGCAAAAGAGAUCAUUUUUACUUUCUUCUCGAGUUCUUCAUUUUAUUUUUUUCGUUUGUUUUUUUCAUCAGUCUUUCGUUUUCUUUCGUUCUCGUCUUUUUUGCAAAUAUUAUUGGUUUCCGUUUAACGAUUUAAAAACGAAAAAGCUAAGCUAGCUAACAAAGGCCGGGAGCAUUUUUGCGAUCAUCAAAAAUUUGCACUCCUUUAUUUGAACACUUUUACAACAAUCAAAAGAUGUCGCAACUUGAUCGUAAAAAUGGGUUGCGAUAUUAUUACUGGUUUCGGUUUAACGGUAAAAAGAGCUAGCUAGCCAACUCUUACUCGAUGCAGCACCUUUGUGAAAAAUAGUUAAUUAUUAACCGACACUUAUUUUUUUUUUCGUUCAAAUUUCACCCAAAGUUCCUUACCUUUCGUGGCUAGCUUUAUCUCGAUCUUUUUUCGUUUUCAUUCUUCCUCAAAUGUUUUUUUUUUUUUUUUUUUUCCUAUAAGGGGUCGUGAUAUUCCUGGUUUCAUUUUAUCGUUAAAAAAGAGCUAAGCUAGCUAGCCAACCCCUGCUCAUUGCUGCGCCUUCAUAUUUGCCACUUUUAUGUCCAUCAAAAAAAAAACAACGGUCAUUAAUAAUGACGUAUGAGGGGUUGCGAUAUUACCGUUUUUGGUUUAAUGAUAAAAAAAGAGCUAAGCUAGCUAGCCAGCCCUUAGUAUUAUUGUAUGUAUAGUCUAUGCACAAGAAAUGCUCAGAUCAGGUAUUUAACAGGUUUUUGUAACAUUUCUUUUGUCUUUUUAUACUUUAAGGAGACGAAGUAGUCCAACGUGUUGGUCUUUUCGUAAUCCCACCCGAGAAAAAAAAAAAAAAAAAAGAAAAAAAAAAAGAUUGUAAUGUGCAAGAAGAGAUGGAUGUGGUAUUGUUAAAAGUCCGAUUUGCGGCUAACGCCAAGCAUGCAUGUUUGCGCAAACCCAAACGGAGAAUCUCCAUUCAGGACUCAUAACGAGACUCAUAACGAUACUUGACAAAAAAUACGGUCCAAAAUAUGCAUGAGUUUUUUUUGUGUGUGUGUGCGUGUUCGUAUGUUGCAAUAUGUUCAAGAGACGAGAGACGUGUAGCCGUUCGAGUGCACUUUAUGGUGUGGGGACGCUCUCCAGUCCUGAAGGGGGCGCUAUAUUGAGGGUCUGGGGCAUUGGAUGGUGCUAAGAACCUCUCGCUCAGGGCCGGGACCGACUCGCAAUGCAUCAUGGGAUUGCUGCGCCUCAGUUUUGGUACCUUGGUCAUCUGCUGGUGGAAUCGCUCUGCAGAUGCCGGUGGAAUUGACACGGAUGGACUCUAGGAAUUUCUCGCGGGAAUGAAUGCAUGCUUUUUUCCUAAAAAUGGAGAUUAUUUGUUGGACCGAUCCGUUCAAAUGGAUUCGCACAACAUUUCAUCCAGUCGCGGGGAAGCCACAGCCUCAAAGCCCCGCCAACGACUGUCUAAUAACCACAAUGCAAGAAUCCCAACUUUAAUAAUUUCUUAAUAUUGCACUAUUGAAGUGUUGUCGUUUUUUUUUUUUUUUUUGUAUCAAUAUGUCGGUAAACAUCUUGUUUGGUCUAUUUAUUGCCUAAUGUGUAAUUCAAAGUAGUCUCUGUGAGACUGGCUUUGGCAUUGUUUGAAUAAAUCAAGUGCUAAGGAAA